AUGGCGUUCGAAUUCCUCCCAUUCCUAUCCGCCGUCUUUGGCUGGGUCUACUUUCUCUGCUGGUCCGGCUCUUUCUACCCGCAGCCUCUCCUUAACUAUCACCGGAAAACUACGGCCGGCACAACGGUGGACUUUCCCUUGAUCAAUUGCCUAGGCUUCCUCGCCUAUUUCGUGUCCAACGCCGCAUUCUACUACUCCCCCGUCGUCCGCGCCCAGUACGCCGCGCGCAACCACGGCCUUACCCCGACAGUCGCCUUCAACGACAUCACCUUUGCCGCGCACGCCCUCCUCCUCUCCUGCAUAACCACCUCGCAGUACGUCCCCAAGCUCUGGGGCUUCACCCCCGCGCCGGGCACGAACCCGAGCCGCUUCAUCUCGGGCAUCGCCUCGGGCUGCAUCGUGGGCGUCGCCGUCGUCGGCCUCAUUGUCGCGUCCGCCCCGGGCGACGGCGACCCCGUCACGAGCUGGUGCGCUCUCGACGUCGUCUACGCUGUCUCCUAUGUCAAGCUCGUCAUCACACUCAUCAAGUACACCCCGCAGGUCAUUACAAACUACCGCAACAAGUCCACAAAGGGCUGGUCCAUCUGGCAGAUCCUGCUCGACUUCUCCGGCGGCCUGCUCUCUGUCGCGCAGCAGGCAAUCGACUCGUACCUGCAGCGCGACUGGUCCGGCAUCACCGGUAACCCUGUCAAGUUUGCGCUCGGCAAUGUUUCCAUGGUCUAUGACUUAGUCUUCAUGACCCAGCACUACAUCUUGUACCGCGGCUCUGACGGCAAGGCCGACGAGAGAGAUUCGCUUCUCCGUGCGGACGAUGAAGAACAUCAAAGAUUGGACUAG